UUCUACCAUAAAGCAAAAAGAAUCACAAUUUCAGAAUGUAAGCCAUUACAACUUCAAGCAAGUUCAUUUGCACAUUCUUCAUGGAGCUCAAACUACCCUCUUUCUGGAUCCUUUUCACCUCCUUCGUCUUCCUGUUUAUGGUGUUGAACAUACUUAUCAAAAGAGCCAAAACCACCAGCUCAGAUUCAAAACUACCGCCAGGACCAUGGAAACUACCGUUACUAGGAAAUAUCCACCAGCUUUUCGGCUCUUUACCACAUCGCGCGCUUAGAGACUUGGCCGAGAAACACGGACCCUUUAUUUACCUAAGACUUGGACAACUUCCAACCCUAGUAGUUUCAUCAACAGAGUAUGCCAAGGAAGUGAUGAGAACCCAUGAUGUCAUCUUUGCAUCUAGGCCCCGGAGUCUAUUCUCUGAGAUCGUGUUGUAUGAUUGUACAGACAUUGCCUUUGCUCCAUAUGGUGAGUAUUGGAGACAGCUGCGGAAAAUUUGUAUGCAGGAGCUCUUGAGCACAACAAGAGUUGAAUCAUUCAGACCCAUUAGAGCAGAAGAGAUGUUUAAUCUCAUGGAAUGGAUUGCUACAAAUGUCGGGUCAGCUAUAAACCUCACUGAGAGGAUCAAAUACUCGACAUAUAGUAUAACAUCGCGGGCGGCCUUCGGCAAGAAAAGCGAGCACCAUGACGAGUUCAUAUCGAUUGUUGAGGAAGCUAUAAACGUAGCAGGAGGUUUUGAUAUUGCGGAGUUGUUUCCUUCUCUUAGUUUUCUUGCCACGAUCACUCGUGCAAGGCCUACACUCGAGUCGAUUAAACUGAGGGGUGCGAGGAUAAUGGAAAACAUAAUAGACGAACACGAUGACAAGAAGUCAACAACCAAAAGCAGUGAAAGUCAAACAUCUCAAGAAGAUCUGGUUGAUGUUCUUCUGAAAUUUCAUAACAAUGGUGAAAUCGGGUUCUCCCUAACAACUAACAAUAUCAAAGCGGUUAUUUGGGAUGUCUUUACUGCUGGAAGUGAGACAUCUGCUACAGCUGUAGAUUGGGCAAUGGUAGAAAUGAUAAAGAAUCCAAAAGUGAUGGAAAAAGCUCAAAAUGAGGUGAGACAAGUCUUUAGUAGAAAAGGGUCUGUCGAUGAAACCGUGCUUAGUGAGAUGAAAUAUUUGAAAUGUAUUGUUAAGGAGACAUUGAGGUUACACCCUUCUGCUCCUUUAUUACUUCCAAGAGAAUGUAGAGAGAAGUGUGAGAUUAAUGGCUAUGAGAUACCAGCUAAAACCCAGGUCAUAGUUAAUGCAUGGGCAAUAGGAAGAGAUCCUAAAUAUUGGACCGAACCUGAGAGUUUUAUACCAGAAAGGUUUCUUGAUAGCUCUAUUGAUUAUAGAGGAACAAAUUUUGAGUAUAUACCAUUUGGGGCUGGAAGGAGAAUAUGUCCCGGCAUGUCGUUCGGUUUGAUCAAUGUUGAGCUUCCCCUUGCAAUGUUGCUUUACCAUUUUGAUUGGAGACUUCCCAAUGGAAUGAAACAUGAAGACUUGAACAUGACGGAGUCGUUUAGUAUCACAGUUAAAAGAAAUGAUGAUUUGUAUUUGAUUCCCAUUGCCUACGAUCUGUCACAGUUAAAAGAAAUGAUGAUUUGUACUUGAAAAAUCUCUAGGAGCACAAAGUAACUUGUAAUUUAUUAUUCAUACACUAGUAAUUAAGUUGUUUUCUGUUCCAUUACUACAUGCUGCGUGAAAAUGUUAUUUG